CGUAUUUAACCUGUCUCGACCAUCUCUAUUUCUGCUGGCGCCAUGCAGAGCACCGACCAGUCGGCCGUCCGCUCGGACGACGAGAACGACGCCUCCACCGACCGUCAUGACGUCGCAGUCGAAGCUGCACCCAGGACGACGUGGUGGGCGCACAAGGACGACCUCAUCUUGCUCACGCAGGCCAACACUGAUCGCCCAUUCUUGGCCGAGAGGGGCCUCAUGGCGGCCUGGGAUGCCACCGCGGCCAGCAUCAGCCAGGCUCCGGACUUCGGACGACCAGGCGUCAACGGCAAGAAAGCGUCCAGUCGCUUCUUCAAGCUCAUCGAGGCCCACCGGCUGUACAUGAAGCAGGCGAAAUACGCAUCCGGCGAGAACGACACGCCCAAGAUUAGGCUUCUGGACGAGAUUGUCAGGCGCAUCGACGACCACAACAAGGCAAAGGCCAAGGAAAUCAUGACCAAGAAGACACCAAGAAGCGAGCCCGACGAACCGGCGCGUCUUGUUCGAGAGCCAGCGCCAGCGCCAGCUCCAGUAGCCCGCGGCCCCAAGCGACCUCGGACCAGCAUCGCAGCAUCCGACGACGACGACGACAAUCCAGUGCCAAGCCGCAAGACGACGGACGCGGAGUUUCAGCUGCGCGUCAUGGAACUGGAGCUCGAGCGCGAGCGCAUCGCGUUGGAGAAGUCAAAGCUCCAGAUGCAAGCCGACCAAAGCGACAAAGAUCGCGCGGAACGAGCAGCCAUUCGGGAGAUGGAGGCGAAGCGCCAUUCCGACAUGAUGGCUUUGACCAAAGCGAUCCUUGACCAAAUACAAGCAUGAACGAACUAAGCUUAGGCGCUGGUCUCCGAACGUCCACUUCAACUCGAGUUGCCUCAAUUUUCAAAAAUGCAGGCGUCGGACCGUACGGAUAAAAUUUAUCCGGUAGCCUCCGUAGUUGGCCCAA